UAAUAAAGGUAGUAGACAAUAUUGACUAUGAAUACUUCUCUGGUCAUUAUAGCAAAGAGUGCAAUUACUUCUCAGUGUUAACUGUUACUGAAAAAUGUCCAUUAAUAUGAGUCUCUGACUCACUCUCUCUCUCUAUCUCUCUCUAUAUAUAAAUAUAAAUAUAUAGAUGCACAAACAAAGUAGAAUCCAUAUCAGAAAAAUGGGUUCUCAAUCUGAUUAUAAUAGAAAUUUGGUUUUCACAUAUGCCAUUGGAUUUUCAUUACUAUUGUUUACAUUUCACUAUGAUAAUAAUAUUAAUAGUGUUGAGGCUUAUGAUGAGAAACAGAAGGAUUCAAAGAUGGUUUCUCAGAAAGUAAAUGUGGGAGUUUACUAUGAAGCUUUGAACCCAUCUUGUUCUUCUUUCAUAGUUAAAAAUCUUGCUCAAAUUUUUGACAAUGGUCUUCACACCAUUAUAAAUCUCAGGCUGGUCCCUUGGGGCAAUGCUUAUUUUCUCAACAAUUCUACCAACACCACAGUUUGCCAGAAUGGGUCAGAUGAAUGCAAAUUGAAUACACUACAAGCCUGCACUAUUAAUGUGUUGCAUGAUGUGAACAAGCAUUUUGCUUUGAUUUACUGCUUUGAGUUUCUGGCCAUUGAAGGAAGGCAUAAGGAAUGGGGAAGUUGUUUCACUUCAUUGGGUUUGCCUCCAAAAUUGGUCUUGGAUUGCUUCAAUAGCUUAAAUGGAACAUUGCUUGAACAAAAACAUGCUAUAGAAACAGCACAACUCAAUCCUCCUCACACAAUUUUGCCUUGGGUGGUUGUUGAUAAUCAAUCUAUUGGAAAUGAUUAUAGAAAUUACUCAAGCUACAUAUGCAAGGCUUAUAAAGGUAACAAAGUACCAAGGGCAUGUCAAUAAAUUUUCUUGUGGCAAGAAGAGCUGAUUAUUUUGGGUUGUCUUUGAAGAUGGUCAUGGUUAAUCGUGUCACAUCAUAUACAUAUAUAUUCAUAUAUUGGCUAUCUUUGUAAAGCUUGGAUAAAUAAUGAAGCAAAAAUACUAUAUUAGCAUA